AUGCUUUUCCAAACGCUUAUUACGUCCUUUCUCAUCGUGUCCGCGAGCGCUCAUUCCUGGGUCGAGGAAAUCAGGAUUAUCGCACCCAACGGAACAUUCACAGGAGAUGCAGGAUACGCCCGAGGCAACUGGCGCCGCACGGCAGCUGGAUUCAACGAUACGACUAUGACCUAUCUCAUUCCUCCUGAUGGGCAGGCCAAUAUCACAGUGGUCUACAAUACAACGAAGAUGUGCAAAAACUCGCAGCAAACAGAAACCCAAAGUUCUGGGAGCCCUCGACUGCAGGCCAGUCCGGGCGAUGCAAUCGCAUUACGAUACCAGGAAAACGGUCAUGUCACUCUACCUUGGAAUCAGCCAGGCAAGCCCCCAAACCGAGGCACCGUAUACGUGUACGGUACAACAUCCCCCAAAGUCGGCGAAAUUUUCGACGACGUUCACAAAGUGUGGAACUGGAAUGGCACCGGCGGCGAUGGUCGCGGUAGACUUCUUUCCAUGCAAAACUUCGAUGACGGCCGAUGCUACCAGAUCAAUACUGGUAACAUCUCGGAAUACCGUCAAGAAAAGUAUCCGCACGAGGCAAACCAGCUGAUGGGUGCCGAUCUGUGGUGUCAACAAGAUAUCGAGCUGCCAACCACUGCGCCGAGUGGAAAGGUGUACACUCUUUACUGGGUUUGGGAUUGGCCCACUCUCCCAGAUAUCGAUCCUACCUAUCCCGAUGGGAAGGUCGAGAUCUAUACGACCUGCAUUGAUAUCAACGUUGAGGGCUCGAGCGUCAAUCAGACAGACAGCUAUGCCUCAGACCAAAGUCUCAACAGUGCAUCAAUAGAAUCCGAGCUGGACGAUUUGACAAGUGAAGAUGCUGUAAGCUGGGAUUCUGCGGUAGAUCAACCAUCAGCCUCAACCUUGACCUCGUCCUCGGCUGUACAGGUGGAGACUAGUACGUCUGCAUCGAGUACAGAAGCGGCCGUCCAGCCGACGACAAGUGUGGCUGCGGGAGUCGACUCUGUCAACUCUCAAACUUCUACUGUGACCGUUACUGUAGGUGAGAUUACUGCAUGGCGAACAGUUACUAAAGUCGAGAUGUUCGACCGAACAGUGACCGUUACUGGAUGUCCAUCAGCAACGGGUGGUUGA